AUGGCUCAACUUAAUCAUAAUGAUCAAGCUAUUAAAAUACAAAAAAUUAAAAAUAAUAUUUUUAAUAAUGAAAUGAAAUGUGCCAUAAUCAGUCACUUUGAAAAUGAAAUUGAUGGUGAAACUCUUGAAAUGAUGGACAGCAUUGACAAAGUGGCCAAGUUAAUUCCAAAACUGAAGUAUCAGCUAUUAUUUUUAAAAGAACGUGAAAAACUGUUCAAGUCAAUUAAUAAUGAAUCUCUUUUAAAUAAUGAUUCGUCAUCAGUUAUUUCAAAAGAUCUUAAUUUUUCUUCUUUAUCUUCAUCGUCGGAUAAUAAUACUAUGAAUACUUCAUCAAAUACAGAUAUUCAUGAUCAAACAUUAGAUGAAGUGUCGGUGAAAGAAUACAUCAAUUCGAUAUUUCCAUCUGAAUAUGUUAUUCCACAAUUACCACCAUCUCUAUUACAAGAUAUAGAAGCUGGUGCACUUCAUAAAUUUGGAUCACAUCAUGCUAAUCGUCAAGUUCAUAUUGAUGCAAUAACUUAUGACUUAAUCAAUACAUACAAUUUAUUUUAUCCUAGUCAUAAACAAUUCGAUGCUAUUGGAUCAGCGAUUGUUGGUUUAUUAAAACUACCUUUUACCAAAGAUAAUUUAGGAAUAUGGAAAGAAGCGGUACAAAUAAAAUUAAAAAGGAAGCGUUGUGAACAUAAGGAUAAUGUAGAAGUACAAUAUCAUCUUAUGAAAUAUUCUAAAACAGGCUCCGGUCGUCCUGUCAAGCAAAUGAUUGGUGAGGUUGCAAGUCGUGAUCGACAAAAACAAGUAGAUAUUUAUCAAAUAAUAUUUAAAUUUCACUU